AUGGCAAACACAACUCCCUACUACUAUUUCGCUCCGACUUGGGAUUUUCCUCCAAACGGUCCUCUUCAGCUUGGAAAUGUUCUCAUGUCGGUGAAAAGGCCUGAACGAUCAUUAUACACCGCUCCACUACCGAAUGCUAGCGAGAUAAUCACGUCAGAAAAGAGUCAAGUGGAAUUCUCCAGAGAAAAGCUAAAAGCCGGAAAGUUUUCCAUCUUCACACGCUUUAUAAGAUUCACUGGCCUGGGUAUCGAUAUAGCCAUAAGUUGGGACACUGCCAACGAAGAAGCUUUUACAUUCGAGCGUCUCAAAACAACAUUCUUCGUCCCUACCCAACCUUGGCUUGAAAAAUGUCUCGCCAACUCUGCCGUACAGCGCUAUCUCGAAAAGUGCCGCUACCGAAAACCUAUCUAUAUUAUCACUGGCCUCAAGACAGUGACGGGCGCUGCCGUCAAGACAAAUAAACAAUCUGCUUCGGCCAAUACGGCUGGCAUUGAGGUAGCAAUACCAGGUGUCGAAGUAGUCUUGCCCUCUGCUACGCCUGAGAUAUUUACAAAGAAAGCAGCAAAGGACAAAAUGAGCUGGGAAGAUCAUAGUGACUUCAUUUUCGCAUACAGGGUGAGCAAGGUAUGGGUUAAGAAGGGUUCAAUACUAGAAGAAGAUUAUACCAAGGGUGCAAUGUUCGAAAGAGAGGAGAAGACCGUGGUGAAUAUUGCGCUGGAAAUUGCAAACGUAGAAGAAGCGGAUCCAGUGGAAGAGGGAUUCUUAAAAGAGGAGAUUAUAGAUGACGAUGAGAAAAUUAUCAUCGCACUGCCAGAAGGAGCGGCAAGCAGGUCUAUUUGACAUAAUAACAUAUGGAAUUAUUAGUUUGUGCAUAACAUUGUUGUAUUGGGUUAUGGUCUAGACAUCUUUCAUUGCGUCCCGGAUUCUACUAUUUAGGGAAUUCUCACCCUUACCAAAAGGGCUGUCAGGGUGUAGGCUGGGUGCAAUGUAAUCGUAUCCUUGACUUCUUAUAGAGACUGCUUUCAGGACGGCCUUCAUGAAUUGACUCUGCUUCAGUUGCUGAGCUUCUUUGGG